AUGACUGCUGGCAACGCACUUACUGCAGGGAAGGCCGCUUCGCGUGCUGGGCAGCAGGGCGCGCUGGCGCGCGAGGCAGCGGGGUGCGCUGGCGCGUUGGGCAGCGGGGCGCGCUGGGCAGCGGGGCGGGCUGGCGCGCUGGGUAGCGGGGCGCACUGGCGCGUUGGGCAGCGGGGCGCGCUGGUGCGCUGGGCAGCGGGGUGCACUGGAGCGCUGGGCAGCGGGGCCCACUGGUGCAGUGGGCAGCAGCAGCGGGACGCGCUGGCGCGGUGGGCAGCGGCGGGACACGCUGGCGCGCUGGGCAGCGGGGCACACAAGCGCGUUGGGCAGCGGGGUGUGCUGGCGCGCUGGGCAGCGGGGCGCGCUGGCGCGUUGGGCAGCGGAUCACCCGGGACAGAGCACAGCGCACCAUUACCUUGA